UGUAUAAAGCUAAUGUUGACCUGUCGUUUAGAUUUGCUAACAUCAUUUUAACGCGUUCUGUUGCCGCGUGCUUUUUUCCAUCGCUGAUCGUAUAACCAGGUGAGGACACUGACGGAAAACUGCUAGCUCGCCAGGCCAACGCCCGAAAACGGACCCUGUGUGUUUUUACCGUCUGCUGUAACAGCGGGUUAUGAUUACGGAUUAAUCCGCGGAGGGUCUGGUUUCAAGUAGAUGUGUCUUGAACGGUUUCUUUGACGUCAGCGCCGCUCUGUGUCUCGUCGUUGUUCCAUAGCACCGAGCUAACGCUAGUGUGUAGGUCACUAGAUUAAUAAAUGCUGCGAUGAAAUGUCAUUUCACUGGUCAAGGCGGAUUGAGAGCUGCUCUGCUCUACAGCACUACACCAAAACCAUGUCAACCCAACCCAAGCCGGAACCUGUGGCCUCACUGACUGUCCUGGGAACAAACUAGGAGUCCUCCAGUCUGAUUAGCUUAAACUGUGGUUGCUGUUAAAUGAUUAAAUAUUAAAUGAUCAGGUUUUAGCCACACUGUUAUCAUGCUUUUACAUUUGUUUUGCCUUCUCUUCUGAAAUGUGAAUUUUGCUGCGGUUAAAAGUUUGGGUAAGAAGAUUUUUCUGUGUUUUUGAGGCUUUGCUGAUUUUACACACUAAAGAUCAUACAGUUUUGUUUUCACCGGGUUCCUGAGCUCUCCUUGGACUCUUACAUUUUAAGGUCACCGUCCUCACCAGUUCUCUCCUUUCAUUAAUUACAUCUGCUGUCUUCCCUGACAGUUCUGUCUGCAGGAAGCGUUUCUCCACAGCUCCCUUCCAUCAUGUCUCACAGCUGCUCGUACAGAGGAUCAACAUCUGACACCGACCUCAGACCUGAAGCUGGACAUUACAGCUCUGCAAACCGCCGCCACAUCUCACCCAACGUGGACUUUUUCAGGGCUCCUCAGGAGUCCUUCUCAUCCUAUCCAUGCUCUUCCUCCUCUAGGGGCCCAACUUGGGCCCAGGAUGGUGCUCUCAGCAUCCUGGACAGCUGUGGUCUGGAGCCCAGCGACCUGGCUCUGCUGGCAGAGCUUCCUGAGGAUGUGCUUACAGUAGAUUCCCUUCCUUAUGUCCUCCAACAGAUUAAAGGGAAGAAAGGGUCUGUCAGCUCUUUUGCCCCCACAGUUCCAUCUCCUUCCUUUUCCUACUCUUCCACCUCUUAUCAUGCGGCAUCUGGGAGCUCCUCUAGAAUCUGGGACCAUCUCCAAAGACAAAAAAUCCAGUGCCCUCUGGAUCAUGUAGCAGGUUCUCUUUCAUCUGAGCAGGAACACUGGAGGAAUUCCAAGACCAGCAGCUCUGUUAGAUCACAUCCAACAGCAUCGUCAGCAUCUUUAUUGUCAUCCAUACACGCUGUUGACUUCCACUGUAGACCGGGACCCUCUGAGUAUGGUAAGGCAGGCAGAAGGGGGGGUCCGUUUUACUCCCAGGACUGCUCCUCUCUCAGCUCAGCAACACAAGGUAGACGAUCUCGUCCUACUGGGAUCUCUGAACCCAGAUCAGCGCUUCCUUCUCAUGUGUAUCAUCCCAAACCUCGGGUGGGCCACCAAGUGUAUCAAACUUCUUCCACCAGAAGCAGCAGCAGCCAGCAAGCUGCAGCAACCUCGAUUCCCUCAGAGAAACAAGCUCUGGACUUCCAUGGGACGUGUCCGACCGUGUUCCCAUAUUCGUGCUCUCUCUGUGAUAUCACUGUGCUGUCAGAGAUGGUCUGGAUUAAGCACAUCAAUAACUCCCAGCAUGCAGAGGGACAGCUCAGCCUACUGCAGCAGUUUCCUAACUGGGACUGUCGCGUGGAGUCAGUCAGCAGGGCCAAGAGCCAGGAGAAGAGGAAUGAGGAAGAAAAAACAGUCUGUUCUGCCCAGAAUGACAAGUUCAAGCCAGACACAAAGUCCGAUAAGAAGCCCUCAAAGAAAGGCAAAGUGGUGUGUGUGAAGUUUCCCCCUCAGUCUGUGGAUGAGACAUACCUGAGGAAACUUACGGAACCGUUUGGAAAGAUUGUCAAGAUCCUCAUGUUCCCGUCUUUAGCCUUUUUGGAACUGAGCUCCACAGAGCAGGUGAAGGACCUGGUGAAAUUCCACAGUAGCUAUCCUCCAACUGUGAACGGAGAACAGAUAGAGUUCAGCAUCUCCAACACAUUCAGCUUCCUCCAGAGUUCUCAGGUGGUGAGUUUCACGCCGGUUCCAACAGGAGAGGAUGGCCAGUCUGACCUGAUGAGUAUCGUUAAACGCUUCGGCCCGCCUCUCUACUACCUGUUCCUGCCAUCUAUGGCGUAUGUAGAAAUGGAACGAGCUCCAGAUGCUCAGAAGCUGGUUGAUUAUUAUUCUUCCAACACUUUGAGGAUCAACAACACCUGCGUUAAGGUUUCAUUCUCUGGAGAAUACAGGACCCUCAUGCGGGUUCCAUCAGCAAAUAGGUACGAAGAACAAAAGGUUUCAACUAAAAGAACGAGGAGUUCAAGCCCAGACAAAGAACCCAAGACAGAGUCCAAGAGGAGGCAGAGAAGCAGAGACCAAGAGCAUGAGCGGAGGAAAUCCAAAACUAGAUCCAGAGAAGGGUCCAGAAACGACAGAAGAACCAGAACCAGAUCAAGGUCCAUAGACAAAAGUUCUCAAUUAGCAUCCAGGGACAAAUCUAAAACAAUAUCCAACAGAGAGGGGAGGUCUCGGUCAAGAGAAAGGUCCAGCAGAGGCACUAGGUCUAGGUCCAGAAAGAGGUCAAAUACAAAGAGGAAGACUAGGUCCAGGUCCAGGGAUAAACCAAAAGAACUGUCCAGCACUGGCUCCAGAACCAGGUCUAGGUCUAGAGAAAAAGAGAACAAAACCAGUUCCAGCUCUACUGAUGAAUCCAGUAGCGGCUCCGGUGAAAAGUUGGUGGAAGGAAAAAAAGCAGAAUUUGAGCCCAGGAAAAAAAAGGAAGCAGCUCCUCAAGUGGAAGUCGCAGUGUCGUCUACAGAGGACAGUGACAUCGAAGGAAUGGAGGUGAUCGGAGAGGAUGGAGAGCUUGUGCAGGAGGAAAUUCAAAAUGAUGUUGAGGCAAAGGAAGCUUCAGAGAUGGAGCAUCAGUCAGACAGAACAGAUUCACUUGAAGACAAACCGAUGGAUGUGACUGUUGGAAAGAAUGAACAAAUGGAGGACAUGUAUGAAACUAAGAAGCCAAAGGGGGAAUCUGAAUCAGUAAUGGAGAGAAAGCUGGAGGACGAGAAGGCAUCAGAUUUCCCAGUGGACCUGGAGAACUGCAUCACUCUGGAUGAUUUGGAGGACGACAACCAAGGUGAAGACGUCAGAGACGAGGCUGAGUGUCUUUCCAGAGUGGUUCACUGCAGAAACCUGCCGACGUCUUUCUUCACUGAUGCUGACUUCAUCAGACUGGUCAGAGAUUACGGGAAAGCAGUUCGCUACUUACUGCUCCGCCAAAGCCAAGAGGCUUUCAUUGAGAUGUGGAGUUCUUCAGAGGCUCAAAAAGCCGUCCACGAGUUGACCCAGAAACCCAUUACACUCAAUGGCUCCACAGUCUUUGCAGACAUCUCACACAAGUACCAGAAACUCAGCAAUGGGUGGGAGAUCCAUCUGGACUCAGACAGUGAGGAGAGCAGCAGCAGAAGUGAGCAACGAAGCCAAGCCCCAGACAGAGAGGACACCUCCAGCAAGUCUUCAAAGGAGGGAUCCAACAGACUCUCUCCUGAAAGGGAGCCAAGUGUGACAGAGACCGACUGCUGCAUCAGAACGACGUCCAACCCAGAGUCAAGUAGAAAUGUUACAGAAAAAGAGUCAGCGUCUGAAAAGAGUCAAAAAGAGCCGUUUGCUGAAACCAGUGGAGACGAUGACUCAGGCCUGAACAGAGGGUCUGAUGGUGAGAAGGAUGAGUUGAUGCAGGAGACUCCAGACUCCAGACCACAACCUCAACAGAAACCUGAAAAGGAUGACCAGCUACAGUGUUCUGGUUCAGUCCACCCAGAACCUGGACUUGUAGGCGGCGCUGCAGAGCCCCAGGAACCCCCCAGGCCAGUUGGGACAGAGUUUGUUCGGCCAGUCGUUGGCUACUUCUGUAGCCUAUGUCAGCUGAUCUACGUCAAUGAGGAGGAAGCCAAGCAGCAGCACUGCAGCACCCUGACGCACUAUAGCAAAUACCAGGAGAAAAUGAGGGAAAAACCCAUGGAAGGAAGCGUUUGUGAACAGUGACUCAGGCUGUGGGACAAACAGACUACAUUACCCAGAAGCCCUGACUUUCAAUUUAUAGAAAACAAAACACCUUUUGUUUGUCUUAUUGGAUCAGGUGUAGAGUUUUAAAUUAAAGGUUGAAGAAAAUG